UGCAGCAGCGAGGACCGGAGCCAGCCACCUCACCAGCUGCACGAGCCGAACUGGAUGUCGGGAAGUCGACAAAGAGGACGGGGAGGUGAUGUCGGCGAUUAGCACGAGAGUGGGAGGGACUCUGUGUUUUGACAAAACUAGCUGCCAUCUGCAAGAAAUAGAUUUCUUGCCAAAAACAGCAGCGAUGUGUGCACUUUAUUGAGGUGCAGCACUGUAUGCCGUAUUAUUAUUAUUAUUAUUCGCUGCAGAUAGAGGUGCAGCGGUGUGAACACAUCAGUGAUGUCAGAGCUGUCAGCUGCGGACAAUUCGCCUGCUUUUGUCAUUCAUCGCUCUCUGACGCUCAUGCAGAGCUGAUCAGACUCUUUUUGUUCUGCCAUCACUACCAUCACCGCUUUGCAUAAUGUCCAAGCUUUAAACAGGUCCACGUUGCAUUUCAGAAGAGGCUGGUGAACAUCGUCUGCUGUGGGAGAAGUGCCUGAUGCUCGGUGCUAGCAGGAUGGAGGAGUUUGUGACCGAAGAGGACGAGCCAUGGUAUGACCAGAGAGACCUGGAGCAGGAUCUGCACUUGGCAGCAGAGCUAGGGAAGACCCUUCUGGAACGCAAUAAGGAGCUGGAGGACUCGCUGCAACAGAUGUACAUCACCAAUGAGGAGCAGGUGCAGGAGAUUGAGUACUUGUCCAAGCAAGUGGAGAUGCUACGGGAGAUGAAUGAGCAGCAUGCAAAAGUCUAUGAGCAACUGGACGUGACCGCUCGAGAGCUUGAGAUCACCAAUGAGAAGCUGGUGUUGGAAAGCAAGACUUCACACCAGAAAAUAGACAGGUUGACGAGCACCAUGGAGAUGCUGCAGGGCCAGGUGGACACGCUGACUGCCCGAGUGGAGGAACUGCGCACACUUGAAGAGCUCAGGGUUCUCAGGGAGAAGAAAGAGAGACGAAAAACUGUGCACUCCUUCCCUUGCCUGAAGGAGCUCUGCACCGCACCCAGCUAUGAGGAUGGAUUCAGGGUGUCUGACCCAGGUAGUGGUGACCUGCAAGAGCGGCCGGCAGAUGAUGAAAACGAGCAUCUGCGUGCACUGGUUGCAUCUCUCCGUGCAGCUGUAUCAGCCGAACGUGGACGACGGGAGAAUGCAGAGCGUGAGUGCACCGCUGUGCUGCAGGAGUUUGAGCGCUUGGAGCAGCGACUUCUGGGUGCCGAGGGUUGCCAACAGCGCGUCCAUGAGCUGGAGGCAGAGCUGCAGGAGCUACAGCAGCUACGCAAGUCACGUGCCUGCUUACUGGUUGCGGAGGAUGGCCUGGAGCAGACUCUGCUCAACAGUGCCCCAGAAACAGAUACAGCAGAGGAUGUUGCAGGUGCAACACAAGAGAGCUCUGGCGAACCCCCAGUACGCAAGAGCUGCAGUGACACAGCGCUGGACGUCAUCUCAGCGGUAGAUGCCUCUGGACGACGCAAGGGCAGCUACGCCCUUCAUGCGAAUGGUGUGCGCAAGCGUGGCAUGUCUAUCUUGCGUGAAGUGGAUGAGCAGUACCAUGCAUUGCUCGAGAGGUAUGAAGAGCUGCUGGGCAAGUGCCGGCGCCACGAAGAGAAUCUGUGCCAUGCUGAGGUGCAAACUUCACGGCCUGUCUCCAGAGACCCGUCCAUGAAGGAGUGUCGUGUAGCAGAGGCCACAACACAGCCAGCCACGCCACCGCAACCACCCUCAACACCUGAAGCGAUGGAGGGCAUCAGCCGGCAGGUGGAAGCUGUGGACAAGCGGCUGAGCCAGAACACACCAGAGUACAAGGCCCUGUUCAAAGAGAUCUUCUCACGCCUGCAGAAAACCAAGACCGACAUCAAUUCCACCAAAGGGAGGAAAAGUGGGAAAUAGUUCUUGGCUUUUCUGCUCAGAGGAAUGCAUGGUAGGAUCUACUGUUCUACCUCAAUUAAGACCGCAGUCUUAAUUGUUUAAGUGGCCAGAUUCAGUAAGCUGGCAUUUGAAAAGGCUUCAUGCUAGUGCAGAGCUAAUCGGUAGAGUAGAAUAUUGGGGCUUACACGCCGUGUUGGUGCACCUCAGCUGAGGCCGUGCAUUGACAAAGCAGGUCAUGUCUGAUGGAUCUUUCUUUGGUUGUUUGUGUUUUAAGAAAGAUUUAAGAUUGUUUCUCACUGUUGGUUUUCCUGGAACUUAACUCACUAGCAAGGUAGCUGUAUUUAAAAAAAGAAAAGAAAAAAGGGGACACACCACUGCUUAUUCUUCCUAUUUCCAUAACUGUAUGCAACAACAAACUUAUGUAAUCAUCUCUUUACAAUAUUAAAGACGCUUUGCUUAUAAAGGUGGUUUGCACAUUUAUUACAUUGAAUGAAUGGAUGAAUGAGUGAGUUGAUAACAGGAUGGUCCUUAUGACUUCAACCAA